AUGGGCUCCAAAAAACAUAAAAAGGAAUCAAAAAAGAAGAAGCAUAGGAGUCGUUCGCGUUCUCCUUUGGAUGGUGAGGAACGGGAGCGAAAACGACACAAGAAACACAAAGACCGCAAGAAGGAUCGUUCACCAGACGUUGAGGAGGUGCCGGUAGAUUCUCACUUGCAGAAGGACAGCAAUGGCGCGGCGCACUCGCGGAGUCGCAGUGAGAGUCGCAGCCACAGUCCACCACCCGAAACUCGACACACGCACCGGGAAAUAAGUAAGGAGAAGGAGCGGUCGCCGGAAGGUGGUGCAGCACAGGAGAGCCUGUCUAUAGAAGAGACCAACCGUCUGCGAGUCAAGUUAGGACUCAAACCCUUGGAAGUUGCGGAGAAGCCUGCAGACGAUGGCAAAAUCAUAGAUGAUCUGGGCGAGUUCUACCAUAAGCCGGCCGCCAACAUCGCCCAACAGAAGAAAGCAGACAAGUUGCGGGAGAAACUCGAAGAGCGUCGCGAGAAAAGGAAGCUCGAACAAAAAUUGCAGACCACUUUACUCGCUGAAGAGUCUGAUGAUGAAGACGCGAUUGCUUGGGUGAAGAAAUCGCGCGAAAUAGAGAAACAGAAGAGAGAAGCUGAAAAGAGAGCCGCGAUGCUGGACGAGUUGGACGCAGAGUUCGGCGUGUCGGCGCUUCUGGAGGAGGAGCAGGCGGCCGAGAGACAGCGCAGAUACGACGAGACGCAACUGAAGGGGCUGCGGGUCGCACACGACAUCGAUGCGCUGGGUGACGAACGCGAAGUGGUGCUGACACUGGCCGACAAACCGGUGCUGGCCGAGGACGCAGAAGACGUGCUCGUUAACGUCAACAUCGUCGACGAUGAGCGCUACCGGAAGAAUAUUGAAGAACGCAAGAAGGCUCGUUCGGGCUACCAGGCGUACGACGACGAAGCAGAACUGCAGGCCUCGCUGGGCUUCCAGAGACCUGUACUCUCAAAGUACGAUGAAGAAAUUGAUAAGGGAAAAUCUGACAAGCAGCGUGGAUUCAUUAUAGGUGACGAAGACUCCAUCGAGGCAAAGAAGUUCCGCGAGCUGAUGAGACAAGAACGAAUCCAAGGUGGCCCCGAUAAGCGCCUGGAGUCACUUCAGCUGCCGGCGCUUCGUCCCGCCACGGACUACUACGACGAGCAUGAAAUACAGGCCAAGUUCAAGAAGCCCAAGAAAAAGGGGAAAAUGCGUAAAAGACCCAAAGAAGAGCCUAUUGAUGUGGACGACUAUGACGCUGGGGCUGUUCCUCUGGAAACAGAUGAUACAGAUGUAAAACCAAGUGAACUGAAGAUGCAAAUAACAGUUGACGACGAGGAAGUGGAACCAGACAGUGAACUGCAGGCCGCACUGGCUCGGGCAAGGAGAUUGAGACAGAUGGAAGAACGGCAACUCAAUGUGCCCAAGGUAGAGGAGAUCCUGGAGCGCGUGAAGGAGGAGAAGGAAGAGGAAAUGGAGGCGGAGUUGUCCGGGGUCAUGGUCCUGGACGCCACGGCUGAGUUCUGCCGCACGCUGGGAGACAUACCCACGUACGGCCUGGCCGGCAACCGGGGCCAUCACGCGGAGAUCAUUGACUUCGAGCGUGAGGAGAUGGAGACAGAGGCGGAGGCAGGCGGCGACAACGCCGGCGCCUGGAGCCGCGUCGACGUGCGCAGCGAGCGCCCGCGCGACCUCGCCGCCGGAUCGUCGGUGGCCCUGGACGCAGAGCCGGCUCUCGGCGGUGGAGUUGCCGGCGCGCUGCAGCUAGCGCUCAGCAAGGGAUACCUGGAGCGAGCCGGCGCAGCGCCCGCGCCCCGCCCCGCGCCCCACCAGCUCGCCGCGCGACACUACUCCAUCGAGGACAAGAGCCACACCGGCGAGGACGACAAGUACGGGCGGCGCGAGCGGUCGCACUGCGGGCCGCUGCAGGAGUUCCGCGAGAAGUCGGGCUUCCGGCCGCACGUCAAGCUGGAGUACGUGGACGACGACGGCCGCCCGCUCUGCCCCAAGGAGGCCUUCCGCUACCUCUCGCACAAGUUCCACGGCAAGGGGCCCGGCAAGAACAAGCAGGAGAAGCGCAUCAAGAAAGCCGUGCAGGAAGGGCUGAUGAAAAAGAUGAGUUCGACGGACACACCUCUGGGCACAUUGCAGAUGUUGCAGGAGAAGCAGCGAGAGACGCAAUCCCCAUACGUCGUGCUCAGUGGCGCCAAACGAGACCACAAGUAG